GUGUCAACCCCCAGCCCCCUGGAGCGGCAGCCAGUCUCUUCGCGCUGGCUGGCUCCGUGCUCCCGCUGCAGUACGGCGAGGCUGCAGCCUGCGGAGCCAGGGGCUGUCAACGGAGGGGAUAGCCAGCGCGGGAGGGGGCCCGGGCGCCGCAGACACAGAGAUCGGGACCGAUGCAAUAAAAUGCACCUCCUGCAAGUGCCCCUUGGGAGGAAGCAGCCGCAGGAGGCGGCGGCGGCGGCCGGGAAGUGAAAGGUCGGGAGAGUUCGGCUUGCCAUGCCCUGCACGGGAGCAGCAGGAGCCCGGCGGGUCCCCGCGGGGAAGUGAAAUGUUCUCAGCGAGGCACGCGGCUCCCCGGGGGCUGGAGGAGCCAGCAGCUGUCCCGCGAUGUCACUCCCCGGGGGAGACUCGGGGGCUGGAGCCUCCCUCCUGCCCUUAGCACGCCAGUGAGUGGCGAAUGAAUGACCUGCCGGGAAGGAUUUGCUCUGGAGAACCUUCUUCAUGUGCAGAAGAGAUUCCAGGCUCCUGGUCCUCCUCCUUGAUUCAUGCACUUUGACCAGGAGUUUGGCCAUGGAGAGCUGGGUCUGGCUCAUUGCACUUCUGGGCUGCUCUGCUGUAGCUGCAGGACUGAGCAGUGUUGUUGGAGUUGGGUCCCAUUGCGAAAAAGCAUGCAACCCUCGAAUGGGAAACCUAGCCCAUGGACGAAGAUUGUGGACAGAUACCACAUGUGGACGCAACUCCACCGAGUUUUACUGUUCAUAUAGUGAGAAUGCGGACCUGACAUGCAAGCGGCCCAAGUGUGACAAAUGCAAUGCUGCUCACACCCAUCUGGCUCACCCGCCCUCUGCAAUGGCCGACUCUUCCUUCCGAUUGCCUCGCACAUGGUGGCAGUCAGCUGAGGAUGUGCACAAGGAGAGGAUCCAGCUGGAUUUGGAAGCUGAGUUUUACUUUACUCACAUAAUCAUGGUGUUUAAGUCACCAAGGCCAGCAGCCAUGGUUCUGGAGCGGUCCCAGGAUUUUGGGAAAACAUGGAAGCCUUACAAGUAUUUUUCCACUAACUGUUCGGCAACUUUUGGCCUAGAGGAUGAUGUGACAAAGAAAGGAGCAAUUUGCACUUCAAGAUAUUCAAGUCCCUUUCCUUGCACUGGGGGAGAGGUUAUAUACCGAGCUCUGUCACCACCUUAUUCGGCUGAGGAUCCGUACAGCGCUGAAGCUCAGGCACAACUGAAGAUCACCAAUCUUCGAGUGCAGCUGCUUAAGCGACAGGCCUGUCCCUGUCAGGGCAAUGACCUGAAUGCAAAGCCUCAGCAGUUCAUACACUAUGCAAUAUAUGAUUUUAUUGUAAAGGGAAGCUGCUUUUGUAAUGGCCACGCUGAUCACUGUGUACCUGUUGCUGGAUUUAUACCUGUCAAGGCGGCAGGAGUCUUCCAUGUGCAAUGUUCCAUAAUGAUCCCAGAUGGAAAAUGUAAAUUGAAGGAAAUGAAAAAAAAUGUGCUCCUUCCAUCAACAAUGAGUGUGGGCCAAGCUCUGCAUUCAGGGGAACAUGGGGCCUCUAGAGAGAAACCAUUGGAAGCCUAUGUGUGCCUUCAACUGCAGAAUCUGGCCAUAUCAGAUUACCAGGUCCAUGGACGGUGCAUGUGUAAGCACAAUACAGCAGGCCACCACUGUCAGCACUGUGCUCCACUCUACAAUGACCAGCCCUGGCAGGCUGCAAAUGGCAAAACUGGAGCCCCAAAAGAAUGCCGAUCAUGUAAAUGUAAUGGACAUGCUGACAUGUGUCAUUUUGACAUGGAUGCAUGGCUGGCCUCGGGGAAUCGUAGUGGUGGAGUCUGUGAUAACUGUCAACACAACACUGAAGGGCAGCAUUGCCAGCGUUGCAAGCCAGGCUUCUACCGAGAUCUCAGAAGGCCUUUCUCUGUCCCAGAUGCCUGCAAAUUGUGUUCCUGCCACCCAGUUGGAUCGGCCAUGCUUCCUUUCAGCACUAAUACCUUCUGUGAUCCCAGCAACGGUGACUGCCCCUGCAAACCUGGAGUGGCAGGUCCUCAGUGUGACCAGUGUAUGGUGGGAUACUGGGGCUUUGGAGAGUAUGGCUGCAGACCGUGUGACUGUGCCGGAAGCUGUGACCCACUCACUGGUGACUGCAUCAGCAGUGCGGACAUAGUCUGGCAUCACGAAAUUCCUGAUUUCCGCUCUGUGUUUAACGAGAGUGAGCCAGCUUGGGGAUGGGAGGACGAACAAGGAUUCUCUGCUCUCCGGCAUUCAGGUAAAUGUGAAUGCAAAGAACAAGUUUUAGGGAAUCCCAAGGUCUUCUGUGGAAUGAAAUACACAUAUGUGGUGAAAGCAAAGAUUUUAUCAGCUCACGACAAAGGCUCCCAUGCAGAAGUAAACGUGAAGAUCAAGAAAGUGUUGAAAUCAACAAAGUUUAAGAUUCUGCGAGGAAAGCGAACUCUCUACCCGGAAUCCUGGACUAACAGAGGCUGCACUUGUCCAAUUCUUAAUCCUGGCUUGGAAUACCUUGUAGCAGGGCAUGAGGAAGUACGGACUGGGAGACUGAUAGUCAAUAUGAAAAGUUUUGUCCACCAGUGGAAAUCAGAUCUUGGAAGAAAAGUCUUGGAGAUUUUAAAAAGAGACUGCAACUAGAAGUGCACAAACAGGUAGGGCAUUUCUUUAUGCACAAAAUGCAAACUUCACAGACUGAAGACCUCUGAAAUGAAAACUGGAAUGUAAGAAAAUAGUUCCCAAUGUGUAGCGUGGUGUUCCAAUUCAUAGGCUCUGUCUAAUUUAACCCUUCCUGGUCAAUGUUCAUGUACUCUCCUGGAUCUUAUUUGGAAGGGUGCUCAUAUGAGCCAAUGUUACAUUAAAAAAAUGUAGGGUCUGAUUCUCAUCUCACAUACCUCAGUGUAAUUCUGAAGUAACUCCACUGAAGUCAGUGAAGUUACACCACUAUAAAAUUGGCAUAAAUGAGAGGAAAAUCAGGCCCAUAAACUAAAGAGGAUGGACAAAAAAAUUGCUUCCAGUUACACCAGUGUAAAUCCUGACUAACUUCAGUGAAGUUGAGGGAGUUCCCUGUAUUUACACUGCUGUACGAUGACUGAGUGUACGUCUUGACUGCAAUCAUUAGGAGUGAUUGCGGCUCAGGCCAAAGUACAAAACUAGCUUUAAUCCCCAUAGCUUGGAUCCUGGAGCAGUGAAGCUGCAGUACUCAUGCUUCAGCACAGGCUGUACAAACCUGUCUGCAACCCUGGAUUUGCAGGGCUAAUAACACUCAAGCCUGCACUGCUGUGGUGUCACUGCUCCAGUACCUGAGCUAGUGAGAUUAAAGCUAGCUUGGGUACCUCAACUCAAGCUGUGGUCAUAUCCCAUGAUUGCAGUAUAACCAGACCCUAAGAUCAGACUUUGGCCCACUACUUACAACAGCUUUCUAUAGAACUGGAGAUAUUGUUUGUAUCAGUGGGAGAACUCUGUUGGCAACGUCACUUGCAAUUACUCUGUAAUAGCACACGGUCUGAUUAGGAUGUGCCAUCAUCAAAAACAGUUGUGCACUGCAUGCUUUUAAAGGAAUGGGCCUUUAAGUUAGGGCCAAAUUGUUUUUUCACUUACACCAGUGUGAACCUGUUGAAGUCAAUGGAAUGACUCUGUUUUUACACCGGCAUAACUAAGAGCCGAAUCCAGCCCUUUGUCAGCAAUGUUGUUUUACUAAAGAGGUGCAGCGUAUGUGAAGUUUUGUCCACAAAGUGUUAAAACUGAUCCUAUCCAAAUGUAAAUAUUUCAUUGUAUAAAGCACUUUACUACCUGCUGCUUCAUGGUGUGGCAAGUUUAAUUUUGUUGGAGAGAAAAGGGGGUGAAGGUGGCCUACAAACAACCUAUUGAAACAGAAGCACUCCAGAAGACCCCUAAAUGUGGACAACAUUAAUGGUAUAAAGGGAAUAUUCCUCUUUGGUCUUGGCACUGACGUCUCAGAGAAUCCAAGGAUGCAAUCUGAAAGAUAAUGUACUUGCACUGAAGUCCCAAUUUCAGACCGGAGUUUGAACCCGAUGGGUAUUGACUAUAAUGAGACUUCACAAACAACAUAGAGAACAAGAGACUAAGAAGCAAGAAUGCAAUUGCCAGAGGAUAAGAACUCUGCCUGCAGACAAAGAGAUGGACUUGUUAAGUGAAAAGGACUCUGUUUCACAUAUCACAGCCCCAUAAUUCAUGGCGGACCUAGAGCUUAUUUUAUUUUCGAUGUUAGUAUUUAAAACUGAACAUUACAUUUGUUUUCCCCUGUGUUUUUAUUUACAGGAUAUAUGGCCAUUUUCCAGUUUACCACCAAUUUAUGGGACAUAUCACAGUUAUUGCCAUUCCCAGCACUAGAUUAUACCUUUUCUGUAACCCAUCUUUAAACUUCAGUACAUAGAGUGUAUUCUGUUCGUGAGCAUGAGGGGAAAAAAUAGGAGGCACUGCAAUGCCAUAAAAAUUACAAGUCUGCCAAUCUGCUUCACAAAUGUAUUUCUCUUUCAGGGUCAUGUUGGCUCACAAAAAUUAUACUAUUUUGGUCAUUCGUUUUUCUAUCUCAUGUAUGUAAUAAAUAUGAUAUGAUUUCA